CUGUUCUCUGUGUUGAAGCUGAAGAUCUUUGACUGGAUGUGACUACAUCAGCUGAACUCCAUCAGUGUUGUUGUAGUGACAGAGUGCAGCUCUUCCAGCAGGGGGCGCUCUGCUAUGAAUCAGUGUGAGGACACAGGGGAGGGAGUCCCUCCCUCUAAAACCUCUCUGUGUGAGGAACAUGAAGCUCUGAGGAUGCAGGAACAGAGACCAGACUCUCCUGGACCCAGCUGUGUGUCCAUGAAGAGUGACCGGUCUAAACCUCUUAUUAUUUUCUUUAAAGAUGGACUUCCUGCUGAUGGAAGAGUUCAACAGGAGAGCUCAGAGGUUCAGAGAGAUCAAUCAGACCAGCAGAAUCCAACAGACCUGGACUCCAUCUUUAUGCUGCUGGAGGAGAACAUUGUCACCUUUGUGAAGAACGAGCUGAAGAGAGUCCAGAGAGUUCUGAGUCCAGAUUACCCAGAAUGCUUAGAGAGUCAGAGUGAGGAUGAAGAGCAGCGGAGAAGUUGUAAAGAGGCAUUUUUGAAGAUCACUCUCCACUUCCUGAGAAGAAUGAAGCAGGAGGAGCUGGCUGACUGUCUGCACAGCAGAUCAGGUGCUGCAGUAUGUCGGCGUGAACUUAAAUCUAACCUGAAGGAGAAGUUCCAGUGUGUGUUUGAGGGGAUUGCUAAAGCAGGAAACCCAACCCUUCUGAACCAGAUCUACACAGAGCUCUACAUCACAGAGGGAGGGACUGGAGAGGUCAAUGAUCAGCACGAGGUCAGACAGAUUGAAACAGCAUCCAAGAAACCACACAGACCAGAAACAACCAUCAGACAAGAAGACAUCUUUAAAGCCUCACCUGGAAGAGAUGAACCAAUCAGAAGAGUGAUGACAAAGGGAGUGGCUGGCAUCGGGAAAACAGUCUUAACACAGAAGUUCACUCUGGACUGGGCUGAAGACAAAGCCAACCAGGACAUACAGUUCACAUUUCCAUUUACUUUCAGAGAGCUGAAUGUGCUGAAAGAGAAAAAGUUCAGCUUGGUGGAACUUGUUCAUCACUUCUUUCCUGAAACCAAAGAAGCAGGAGUCUCCAGGUUUGAAGAGUUCCAGGUUGUGUUCAUCUUUGACGGUCUGGAUGAGUGUCGACUUCCUCUGGACUUUAAAAACAAUGAUACCCUGACUGAUGUCACAGAGUCCACCUCAGUGGAUGUGCUGCUGACAAACCUCAUCAGGGGAAAACUGUUUCCCUCUGCUCACCUCUGGAUAACCACACGACCUGCAGCAGCCAAUCAGAUCCCUUCUGAGUAUGUUGACAUGGUGACAGAGGUCAGAGGGUUCACUGACCCACAGAAGGACGAGUACUUCAGGAAGAGAUUCAGAGAUAAGGAUCAGGCCAGCAGAAUUAUCUCCCACAUCAAGACAUCCAGAAGCCUCCACAUCAUGUGCCACAUCCCAGUCUUCUGCUGGAUCACUGCUACAGUUCUGGAGGAUGUGCUGAAGACCAGAGAGAGAGGAAAGCUGCCCAAGACCCUGACUGAGAUAUAUAUCUACUUCCUGGUGGUUCAGUCCAAACUGAAGAACAUCAAGUAUGAUGGAGGAGCUGAGACAGAUCCACACUGGAGUCCAGAGAGCAGGAAGAUGAUUGAGUCUCUGGGAAAACUGGCUUUUGAGCAGCUGCAGAAAGGAAACCUGAUCUUCUAUGACUCAGACCUGACAGAGUGUGGCAUUGAUAUCAGAGCAGCCUCAGUGUACUCAGGAGUGUUCAUACAAAUCUUUAAAGAGGAGAGAGGACUGUACCAGGACAAGGUGUUCUGCUUCAUCCAUCUGAGUGUUCAGGAGUUUCUGGCUGCUCUUCAUGUCCAUCUGACCUUCAUCAACUGUGAAGUCAAUCUGAUGUCAGAAAAACAAAAAACAUGCCGGAGGUCUAAAGUAUUCAGAGAAAAACCUGACCCAACACAUGUAUAUCAGAGUGCUGUGGACCAGGCCUUACAGAGUCCACAUGGACACCUGGACUUGUUCCUUCGCUUCCUCCUCAGUCUUUCUCUAGAGACCAAUCAGAAUCUCAUACGAGGCCUGCUGACACACACACAGAGUGGCUCAAAGACCAAUCAGAAAACAGUCAAGUACAUCAAGAAGAAGAUCAGUGAGGAUCUGUCUGCAGAGAAAAGCAUCAAUCUGUUCCACUGUCUGAAUGAACUGAAUGAUCGUUCUCUAGUAGAGGAGAUCCAACAGUCCCUGAGAUCAGGACGUCUCUCCACAGAUAAACUGUCUCCUGCUCAGUGGUCAGCUCUGGUCUUCAUCUUACUGUCAUCAGAAAAAGAUCUGGACGUGUUUGACCUGAAGAAAUACUCUGCUUCAGAGGAGGCUCUUCUGAGGCUGCUGCCUGUGAUCAAAGCUUCAAACAAAGCUCUGCUGAGUGUCUGUAACCUGUCAGAGAGAAGCUGUGAAGCUCUGUCCUCAAUCCUCAGCUCCCAGUCCUCUAGUCUGAGAGAGCUGGACCUGAGCAACAACAGUUUGGAGGAUUCAGGAGUGAAGCUGCUGUCUGCUGGACUAAAGAGUCCACCCUGUAAACUGGACACUCUCAGUCUGUCAGGUUGUCUGAUCACAGAAGAAGGUUGUGCGUCUCUGGCCUCAGCUCUAAGCUCCUCCCCCCUGAGAGAGCUGGACCUGAGCUACAAUCAUCCAGGAGAACGAGGAGAGAAGCUGCUGUCUGCUGGACUGGAGGAUCCACACUGCAGACUGGAGACACUGAGUUUGGACCACAGUGGACUGCACAGACUGGAUCCUGGUCUGAGGAAGUACGCCUGUGAGCUGGAACUGGACACAAACACAGUGAACAGAUCCCUCAGACUGUCUGACAACAACAGGAAGGUGACAUAUGUGGAGAAGCUUCAGUCAUAUCCUGAUCAUCCAGACAGAUUUGACUACUGGUCUCAGCUGCUGUGUAGGACUGGUCUGACUGGUCGCUGUUACUGGGAGGUCAAGUGGAGAGGAAAGGUUUUUGUAUCAGUGAGUUACAGAGGAAUCAGAAGGAGAGGAGUCAGUGAUGAAUGUGUGUUUGGAUGGAAUGAUCAGUCCUGGAGUCUGUUCUGCUCUGAUGAAGGUUACUCUGUCAUGCACAAUAAAAGAGAAACAAAGAUCUCCUCCUCCUCUGUCUCUAACAGAGUAGCAGUGUAUGUGGACUGUCCUGCUGGCUCUCUGUCCUUCUACAGAAUCUCCUCUGACACACUGAUCCACCUCCACACCUUCAACACCACAUCCUCUGAACCUCUCUAUCCUGGGUUUAUGAUCUUGUCUCAUGGUUCUUCAGUGUCUCUGUGUGGUGUGUCGGUCUGAGAAACACUGCUGACU